GACAGCGGGAACUGGGUCAUCAGGCAUUGGAUCGUCUGGCUCGACAGCAGGCAUCGGGUCACCAGGCAUGACAGCGGGCACCGGGUCAUCAGGUACCGGAUCGUCUGGAUCGACAGCAGGCACCGGUGGGCAUCGGGUCACCAGGCAUGACAGCGGGCACUGGGUCAUCAGGCAUUGGAUCGUCUGGCUCGACACUGGGCAUCGGGUCACCAGGUAUGACAGCAGGCACCGGGUCAUCAGGUACCGGAUCGUCUGGCUCGACAGCGGGCAUCGGGUCACCAGGCAUGACAGCGGGCACUGGGUCAUCAGGCAUUGGAUCGUCUGGCUCGACAGCGGGCAUCGGGUCACCAGGUAUGACAGUGGGCACUGGGUCAUCAGGCGUGAUAGGAUCAGCAGGCUGGGUACAGACAUCAGGCUGAAGUGCGGGUGCCGAGGCACCAGGCUGAACCACGGAAGGCAGGUUCUCAUACGGCAGGCUCACCGGUUUGGAUACUGGCAGGAUGGU